AUGGUGUUCUCGAAGAUCGCGAAAACGCUGAAGGACCUGAAGCAGACGUCGCUGGAUUCCUUUUCGAAUUUGCUGUACGACUACGCCGGGUUUGUAUACGAACGACCAUGUAAAAUCAUCGCAGUCAGUCUAAUAGGAUGCCUUCUCCUAAGCAUGGGAUUCCUUUACAGAGAACAUGAAAAGGAUAUAUACAAACUCUACUCCAUUUCGAAUUCAUACGCAUGUGAAACGAAUGAAACAAUAAAUGAUUUUUUUUACAAAAGCCGAAAGGCCUUCAUCCUGGUGGAGUCAAAUUGCAACUUAUUGCAACCACACAUAUUGAAAGAAUUAAAGCAGUUCGAAGAUGGGACGAAAGAAAUUCAAGUAGAUCUAACUGAGAUUAAUGAAUGUAAAAAAGAUACCGAGCAACCAGCUGUUCAAACAGACGCAUCGAAGGAGGUAUAUCACAUGCUUUUGAAAAAUCAAGAUGUAGAUGCUAACUUAGAUUGGAAACCAAAUUUCAAAAGAUUUAAUUUCAAUUUUGCGCUGAAUAAGCUUAUCGGAUUGAAGAACAAAUUAACAGAGUCUAAGAGUGAUGAUACAAAAAAAGGUAAAGCAAAGAAGGGGAAUAAGAAGGAGAAAAAUAAAGACAAAAAAAAGGGAAAGGAGUCAAAGGAGGGAACAGGAAAAAAUAAUCGUAGUGAAGAUGCAGAUGAUGAGGAGGAGGAUGACGAUGAUGAUGAUGAUGAGGAUGACGAUGAGGAGGAGGAUGAUCAUACGAAAGAAGGAGAAAAUGAAACGAGUAAGAAUAAUCACAAUGGAGAGGAAAAUCAAGACUUUGAAGAUAAUAACUAUGAUGAGGAUAUCGAUAGAGACUCACUCAACAACGGGGGAGGAAAUAAAAGAGAGGGACUCCAAAACAAAUUUAACAACAUGGUGGUUAAGAGGAUGAAAUGGGUCACAAGAAAAAUUACACAUAUGUUAAAGGGAAAGACAAACGGAAAUACAUCACAGGAGAGACAAAUGCCAAAGGUGAAACUCUCCGAUUUUAAAGAAGACGCUUUUUACCCACCGUAUUAUAUCCCUCCUAUGCUGUUGAAAGAUGAUAGGUGUUUACUCCAAAAUGUAUUUAAGGAUAAAAACGUGAAUGUAAAUUUGAGAGAUUCAAGUGAUGCCUUGAAAAAGCAAAUCACUUUCUCGUUAGAAGAUAUUUGCGAGAAAAAAUAUAACGAUUGUAAUUUGAGUUCCAUUUUUCUCUACUAUGAGAAUGGGAAUGCCAAAUAUGAAAAUCCGAUAAAAGUAGACAAUCUGGACUUCUACGUCAAUAGGAAGACCUUCAAAGAAAUGAUGCUAAAGGGUAUUCUUGGGAAUAUGCAAUACAAGGAGAGUCCAUUCAGCUAUACCAUCACCUCGGCCAAUGCUCUCAUGACUGUGAUCCCACUUAGGAACUCAUACAUGCAUGAGCCAUAUGUAUUAGCAUACGAAAAAAAGCUUAUCGAUUAUGUCCGUUUUUAUAACAUGGAUGAAAUUAUACAAGAUGAAGAAACCCAUGAUGGGAAUGAACCUUACAUAAAAUUUCAUGUCUUUACAGAGAGGAGCUUAGAAGACGAAGUAGAUCGAAUUUCCAAAAUUGACAAUUUGACUAGAUUGCUUUUUAUCAUUGGGGUGUGUCUCAUCUUUAUGUAUGCUCUGUUCAAUAAUGUCACGUCCGUUUUGUAUAGAAGUAAACCUCUCUGUGCUGUUAUGGGUAUUUUAUGUGGUUUCUUGGGUUACCUUGCUGGUUCAGGCUUUUUAUUUUUCCUCGGGGUGAAAUCCGUCCCUCCAGCAGAAACGGUGCCUUUCCUUGUCAUCGGGGUUGGUGUAGAUGACGUGUUUGUUAUCCUAAAUUCGUAUUCUCUUCUUUUCAUGAUUAAAGAUAAUAAAAAGAGGAUACAGCUUUGUCUAAAGGAUAGUGCCUUGGCCAUCACAGUUACUACGUUGACGAACAUUAUUGCCUUUCUGAUUAGCUCCGUUUCUCCCUUCUACUCCAUAUGUAGUUUUUCUCUCUUCACCGCCAGCUCCCUCUUCUUUGGAUACCUCAUGGUGUUGACUCUCCUCCUGAGCUUCCUCUGCAUUGAGGGAAAAUUGGAAAAUAAAAAGAGAAACAUAUUCUCCGGUACUGCUCUCCUCUUUUGCUCCUUCUUCCGGAGGGGCAAAAACAACAGGGGGAGAGGUGUUACUCCGAGUGGUUCCAGUGCUGCUUUGCCCAAUGCAUCCGCUGCUCAAAGUGGUACUAGUGCAGCUGCUCCUAGAGGGGACACCGCCACUUCCCACGGUCAGAAUAAUCUCUCUCUCGAAAUGGCUCAAAAUGAAGACGAUUAUAAGAAGACACCAGUUGAGUAUGAAAGUAUCUCCAUUUAUGAGUGGAUCCAUAAUCUUUACCUUUUUGAAGAGUCCUUCAAUAAGAAGAAAAAAAAUGCUACCGUGUAUUCAUCAAAUGAGAUUAGCAGCAAAGGGUAUAACAACGAAAAUGGAAUACAGCCUUGUGUUGCUCCACAUGAUGGACUCACCUUGGAAAAUAUCUGCUUGGACAAGAAAGAUAUGAAGAAACGGAAAGGUGGAACUGCCGUGGAUGAGGCAUUGGGGGAAAGCAGGAAUGAUCCAAUGGCGCUUAACUACUACUCCGCAACAGGAGUGGUAGGAGUCACCCCCAUAGUAGAGGAUGAGGAACAACCAUCAUCUUCAUCCCCCCCAAUGAGACCAGACGUUCUCGAAGUAGAAGGAGGAGAAAAAAAAAUAACCAUUGUGAAUGAUAUAUUUGCAGGUCCAAGUACCACUCCAAAUGGUAACGACUUGGAUGAUAACGGUGUGGAUAGUGGCGUUAUAGGAGGUGGGACCACCGGACGUAUGGGGUUCCCUCGAGAAAGGAAGAACCUACUGCAGGAGCGCGACAAAGGUCUCAUGCGUGUCGAUCACGGGGAGCACCUCCACUAUAACAACUCGACAGAGAUGGCAACGAAAGAUACGCUACUCUUGAGUAACCUGCACGAUACAGACAAGAAAAAUAUUUACCUAUUGAGCUCCCACGAUAAUGCUCUGUUUUACAAGUAUAUCUACGAAGAGCCAAAAGGAAAUAUAGGAAAAUAUUUUCGAUCUUUGGUGAAAAAUUAUUACGUCCCUUUCCUCUCCUCCUCUGUCGGGAAAUCCAUCGUGUAUGUCGUUUUUACUUGCAUCCUCAUGCUCUCCAUUUAUGGUUGCACAUUGAUGAAGAAGGGAAUUAAGUAUGAUAAGGCUUUCCCUGUAGAUUCCUACGUAAGGCUUUUCUCCGAAGCGAAAACGAAGUACUUCCCUCACUAUGGAGAUAUGAUAGAGGUGUACUACUUUGACAAGGAUUUUAUUAAGAAGUACAGGAAGCUGAACAAUGAGGUGGAUGUGGUAUCCUCAUCUCUUCUCUACUCAGAUAGGACAGAUCGAGAAAUGAUGAAAAAUCCAAAACUGAACAAGCAUAUCCAUUGGGAGAUGAAAGAUCUGCAAGAUGAAUUGCUUGAAAUGCAUGACCAAUUAGAAGAACAAGAUUUCGUAUCAGGGGUAGCUAAUGGAUUUACUCUCUUCCUCAACAGUAAUGGAAAAAAAUUAAAAAAGGAAACCCCAGACGAAUUUUAUGAUACGUUUGUUGAUUGGAUUAAGUAUGACUUUAUGGGGAACCUCUUUAAAAACGAUUUCAUUUUCUUAAAUAAAAAGCUAGUCGCUUGGAGGUACUUUUAUUUCCAGAACAAUGUAGAUGAUUCUGAAAUAUCAUCGAGGUGGUUAAAGACUUGCAAGAAAAUUAACAAGCUGGAGGAUCAUAAUGUACAGAUGCAGUGCUUCCACAUCAGCUCCAUUUUCAACGAGACGGAUGAAGCCAUCAUCGAGGUUACUCUUAUCAACCUUGGCAUCACUAUCAUUACCAUCCUCAUCGUCACAGCUUACAUCAUCAAGGGGUUCAACUCCUGCCUCAUUAUUGCUCUCAUUAUUUUCCUCAUCGACCUCUGCAUCUUUGGCUUCAUGUGUCUCUGCGGCAUCACCGUCAACAUCAUUUCGAUGGUCAUCCUGGUCCUCUCCGUCGGCUUCUCCAUCGACCACACCUCCCACAUCGUCCAGGCCUUCACCCACAGCAUGGGAAGAACACGGGACGAGAAGAUGAAGGAAAGUCUGCACCUCAUGAUAGGGCCCGUCCUGCACAGUGGACUCUCCACCUGGUUUGUGAUAAGUACCCUGUUUUUUUCGAACAAGGAUUUCACCGUCAUUUUCUUCCAAACGCUGACUCUGGUCCUCUUUUUUUCCGUGGCCUUCUCCUCCAUGUUUUUGCCAUUAUUUUUAUUUAGUGUUUUUAUAAUAGUAUUAUUUUAA